CAGGCUCUCUAUCCAUUAAUAAAUAGCACUCCAUCUCUCCUCUCAAUCCUCCCACAACAGCAAUGGCAAUCAGAAAACCAUCCAAACUGCCUCAAACCGCAGUCCUCAAGCAGAUCCUCAAGAGAUGUUCGAGCUUAGGUAAGAAACACGGGUACGACGAAGAUAAUCUCCCACUCGACGUACCGAAAGGCCACUUUGCCAUCUACGUCGGUGAAAACAGGAGUCGAUAUAUCGUCCCGAUCACGUUCCUGACUCACCCUGAGUUCCAAUGUUUGCUCCGACGAGCCGAGGAAGAGUUCGGGUUUGACCAUGAUAUGGGACUCACUAUCCCUUGUGAAGAAGUUGUUUUUCGCUCGCUUACAUCUAUGCUUAGAUGAAAA